AUGGCUGGCGGAAAGGGAAAAUCUUCUGGUGGGAAGAGCUCCGGCGGUAAGACCGCAGGUGAGGGCCCCAAGAAGCAACAAUCCCACUCCCAGCGUGCAGGACUCCAAUUCCCUUGCGGACGUGUCAAGCGUUUCCUCAAGCAAAACACCCAAAACAAGAUGCGCGUCGGCGCCAAGGCGGCGGUUUACGUUACGGCGGUGCUGGAGUAUCUGACUGCCGAGGUUCUCGAGCUGGCAGGCAACGCGGCCAAGGACCUGAAAGUGAAGCGCAUCACUCCUCGACACCUUCAACUUGCCAUCCGAGGUGACGAGGAGUUGGACACGCUCAUCCGCGCCACCAUCGCUUUCGGAGGUGUUCUACCGCACAUCAACCGCGCGCUGCUUCUCAAGGUUGAGCAGAAGAAGAAGCAGAAGCAACUGGAGGCGUGA